AUGGCUCAAGUCGAGUACAAGAUAGUCGCACGACUGCUGCGCAAAAGACCCUCCAGCCCAAAAGAUACCAUCGAGGCCAGCCAACGGAUCAUGGUCCUCCCAGCAUUUGCUGAAGACCCGCCUCUGAACAUCAACAACCAAGAUGCAAGUCUUCUCUCCGCGCAAAAAGAUCGCAUUGUCGUCAAUGCGCUUCAGCCUGAAGCAGUCUACAUCAGCAUCGGCGGACACCAGCUCCCCGACUCUCACGCCUCCGUAACACUGGACCUGAGUUUUGAAUCUACCUCCUCAUUUUCGUUUCCGCCGGAAGUGACACUGGGCCAGGUCAAGCUAGAGACUCAGACGUGGUUCACAGGCACCCCGAUGAAGAUGUUGCCAGAUCUCGGAGACCCCCGUGAGGCAGCAGGGCUGCGCCACGAGCUGCGAUACUCUACCCAAACCAAGCUUCCUACAACAGACACGGGAGUCAUCCUGUGGCACAAGGAUGAUCGGACAGAAGAUCGCAAGGUGUUCUCGUGGAGAUCAAGGACCAAGGUUCCUAUUCGUCUCCCUACGGCGCACAAGAUGUUCCUGCCCACCUUCUUCAACUGUUUCAUUGCUCGGAGCUACAUCUUGCGCAUGUCUGUCAACUUCAACGGCUCCAAGACCAAGCUCUCUGUCCCACUGCAGAUUGCGUCGCAGUCGCUUUAUCCUCAAGUAAUGGAACCAGAAGUGGAGGACCUGCCAUCUUUUGAUGCAUCUCUUGCCUGGAGAUGA